GGCGGUUUGGGUUCACGGCAUGGACUCGGGAGUGGCUUCAGGUCGCAUUCGUUCAAUGUGCAUACACCCUUCAAAAAGGAGAAACAACAAGAUCCGCCCGUUGAACAUGAUCUCUACGUAACAUUGGAGGAAAUCUAUCAUGGUUGUGUGAAAAAGAUGAAAAUAUCAAGGCGAGUCGUACAGCCGGAUGGAUCGUCAAAGAAAGAAGAUAAAUAUGUUAGCAUAUCGAUUAAGCCCGGCUGGAAAUCCGGUACGAAGGUGACAUUUCAAAAAGAAGGCGAUCAAGCACCCGGCAAGAUACCAGCGGAUAUUGUUUUCAUCAUAAGGGAUAAGCCACAUGCGAUGUUCAAGCGAGAAGGCAGCGAUUUGCGGUACACGGCGCGCUUAACGCUCAAGCAGGCACUCUGCGGCGUAGUCUUCCAAGUUCCUACAAUGUCCGGCGAUAAGUUGCGUAUCAGCACCAUGCAAGAGAUUAUCAAACCGAAUACGGUGAAGCGUAUACAAGGCUAUGGUUUGCCCUUCCCCAAGGAUACAACGCGAAAAGGCGAUCUAUUGGUGGCAUUCGAUAUACAAUUCCCGGAAAAGUUGACUGCCGCGCAAAAGGAAUUGCUCAGGGAUAUGUUAUGAUGAGAGAAAGAAGCAAAAGCAAAAGCAAAAGUAAAAAAAUAACAACAACAACACAAUAGUAUGUAGUUGCAGUGGCAGCUAAUGCGGUAGCAGGUGGAGAGUGUAGAGAGAAGAGCAACCAGCAAUUAAAGCAACAAUAACCACAUACUUCGACACAAAACAUGAAUUGAAGAUGCAACAAAUACAAUGCAAACGAAAUUUUAAGUGCCUUAAAACAACAAAAAAAUAAAACCUAAAUACGCCGAAAAAAGAGAGAAUUACUUCUAAGUUCUU